AUGCUCUCCACCAUCGCGCAGCUGCUGACUUUGCUGCUUCUGUGUGGCGGCCAAACCCAAGCCACCACCGUCUUGGGCGGCGGCGACACCUACAUAGCGAAUUACAUGACUUCGAUGGUCGACUCCUACCAGUAUGCCGAGGGCGACACCACGAUUGCGUUCGAGACGGACUACGCUAUCACAGGUGCGCCUUACCCGGAGGACUUGCUAACGGCGGCUGGCUACACACUCGUGCCCAUCAUCGCCCAAGCCCUCGUGCCCAUCUACAACUUGCCCUCCGUCACCAACUUGGUGCUGGAUGGCCCAACACUGGGCGAUAUAUGGUAUGGCAACAUUCUCCUUUGGAACGACACCGCCAUCAAGGCCCUCAACCCCAACGCCACGUUGCCCGGAGAGCGCAUCCUGCUGGCCUACGCCAACGACACGGCCGCCGGACUCACCCAGACGUUCAUGAGCCUGUUGUCCGAAGCGAAUGCCGACAUUGGCGCAGUGUGGGGACCCUACGCCACGGCCAAUUGGUCGGUGUUGACAGGCAUCGAGGACCAUGCCACCAACACGGGCGAUCCUGGCACUGCUCAGACCACCUACGUACUGAACACACCGUACAGCCUGAGUUAUACGAGCAAGAUCUUGGCGGCCCAGGCGGGAGUAAAGAGCGCAUUGCUCAAGAACAAAGCCGUGUCAUCGGCUCUUGGUGAGGCAAUCGCCAAUAUCAGUUCUACCUACAUGGGCGCUGGUGCGGUGAACGGCAACCUUUCAACCUCGUGGCCUCUCACCAUGGUCAACUACGCACUGUUGCCGCUCAACCUCACCACAUCGGAUUGCACCUUCAUCCAAGGGUUUCUCGCCUUCCUGGCGUGGACUCAGCUCAACGACCGCGCCGUCGCACAGGCCACGUCGUUGGGCUACACCGCGCGUUCCGAUCACUGGCUCAUCGGCGAGGGCCUGUCGUUCAAUCUCUACACCGUGUGGAUGGCCGAGUACCUGUCGGGCAACAUUCGCCUGCGUUACUUCCAGAACCCCACCUCGAUCGCCAUCUCCGACAUGGGCGCUUACAACGUGGACUUUGGCGGCGUCAGCACUCCGUUGAGCGCAGCGCAGAAGCUCGCCCAACCUGACGUGAUCGAGGUUCCCAUCCUGUCCUACGCCGUCGCACCGGCCUACAACUUGCCGGAGCUGGUAGGGCACGGUACCCUGGUGUUCAACUUGACGACGCUUGCCGACAUCAUGUUGGGCCACGUGGACAACUGGAACCACUCGGCUAUCCGUGAGCUCAACCCGACCCUCGUCGAUUACCUGCCCAACCAGCCCAUCACCGUGGUGACGCCUAUCGGCGCGCCGACAAUCAUGCUCGUGUUCACGCAGGCGCUCAGUCAGGCUAGCCCCGAGUUCAACCAAGCCGUCGGACCCUCGAUGGACACCCGGUUGCCAAUCGAGGAUUUGGGGCGCAACAUCAAUUCUACGGCCGUUGGCGACGUGCUGACCGCCAACCCGUAUGCCAUGGGCCUGUGGCUCACCGAGCAGCUUCGCCUGAAGCGCAAUCUGGGCCUCGCGGACUUCAUCAAUCCGGCGGGCAACCGCGUGAGCGCCACCUUUGAGACGCUCAAUUCAGCGGUACUCGACUUCGGCGCCGACCCCACCAUCACCAACUUCAUCAACGGCGGGGGAGCGAAGAGCUGGCCCAUGGCGACGUAUCAUCAAUUCAUCAUCCGCCAAACGACCAUGCCCGACUGCGAAAAGGCCAGAGGCCUGAUCGACUGGAUCUACUGGAGCCAGACAAACCCCGACGCUCUCGACCUGGCCACCAAGAACUACCAGGGUGUGGCGGGCCAGGCCAAGCCGGUGCUCAAGCGCAUCCUCGACAUCGUGGCGGGCAUGACGUGCGAGGGCCAGCAUGUGAGCUCCAUCUACGGCUGCAUCUACCAAGGCACGGUCUGUUCCGAUCACGGCGUGUGCCAGGCCGACACGCAGGGGAGUGGCAGCUGCCUGUGCCAGAGCGGGUACCAGGGCGACUACUGCGAGACGGCCAUCGUCACCAGCAGCACCGACGUGCCGCUUGGGGCCAUCCUCGGCGCCAUCAUCCCGGCGGCGGUGAUCGCGUUCCUGGUGCUGUGCUGCAUCAUCGCGGGCCUUCUGGUGUGGAUGCGCGUCAACCGGCGCAAGGAGGACGACUGGGAGGUGGACAUGGGCGAGCUGGAGAUGGGCGAGCAGCUGGGCGCCGGCGGCUACGGUGAGGUGCACAAGGCCAUGUGGAAGGGCACCGAAGUGGCCGUCAAGAUGAUGAUCUCGGAGACGCUGUCGCGCGAGAUGGAACGCAGCUUCAAGGAGGAGGUGCGGGUGAUGACAGCACUGCGGCAUCCCAACGUGGUGCUGUUCAUGGCGGCAUGCACCAAGCCACCCAAGAUGUGCAUCGUCAUGGAGUACAUGGCCCUCGGCUCUCUUUACGACUUGCUGCACAACGAGCUGAUCCCGGACAUCCCGUUCGCGCUGCGCAACAAGAUGGCCUACCAGGCGGCCAAGGGCAUGCACUUCCUCCACUCGUCGGGCAUCGUGCACCGCGACCUCAAAUCGCUCAACCUGCUGCUCGACUCCAAGUGGAACGUCAAGGUGUCCGACUUUGGCCUGACCAAGUUCAGGGAGGAGCUCAAGCGCGGCAACGCCAAGGAGAUCCAGGGCAGCGUGCACUGGACGGCGCCGGAGAUCCUCAACGAGGCCAUCGACAUCGAUUACAUGCUGGCCGACAUCUAUUCGUUCGGCAUCAUCUUGUGGGAGCUGAGCACUCGCCAGCAGCCCUACAUGGGCAUGAGCCCGGCGGCGGUGGCCGUGGCGGUCAUCAGAGACAACGUGCGCCCGCCGCUGCCCGAUGACGACCCUACCAUUCCGCCCGAGUUCGUGGACCUCGUCCAGUCCUGCUGGCACCACGACCCGACCAUCCGCCCCUCCUUCCUUGAGGCGAUGACGCGGCUGAGCGCGUUGGGAGGCGAUGGCGGCACGUCGUCGUUCACCAAGACCUCCACGUCAUCGUCGUCGAGCGGUGGGCCGAGCAAGGGCUUUGCCUCGUGGACACUACCCACCGCCACCACCGGCUCGGCCAGCAACCACAGCACCAACUCCUCGAGCUCCGCUGGUUCGGCGGCCUCGGCAGCGGCGGCUACCGCAGGCGUACGCGCGCCGGAGGGCGAGAUGGCCAUCGUCUUCUCGGACAUCGCACGCGCCGCCUCGCUGUGGGAGUUCAACGCCGAGGCCAUGCGCGACGCCACGCUCCUCCACAAUGGGCUGAUGAGAUCGCUGCUCAAGAAGCACCGCGGAUACGAAGUCGUCUUCAUUCGGGACCGGAACAGCGGGGAGGGCUCGUUCUGUAUGGCCUUCCAGAACACGACCGACGCGCUCGAGUGGUGCAUGGAGGCCCAGCAGGAGCUGGUCAAGCUCGAGUGGCCCGAGGCCCUGCUCGACCACCCGGGCGCGGCCGAGGAGUGGGGCGACACGGACGACCGCGUGAUCUUCAAGGGUCUGCGGGUGCGCAUGGGCGUGCACGUUGGCCAGCCGCGUACGGUGCGUGAUCCGAUGACAAGGCGCGUGGAGUACAUCGGGCCGGUGAUCAACGCGACGGCGCGCAUCACGGCCAUGACGCACGGCGGCCAGAUCCUGCUGUCGGCGACCGCCUUCGACAAGGUGCGGGAGAGCGAGCUGGCGAGCAAGGAGGCCAAGCGCAUGGUGUGCCUGGGCAAGUUCGAAAUCCCCGACGCGCCCAAGGGGGCGAAGCUCUACGAAUUGAGACCGCGAGGGCUCGAGGGCCGGUUCUUUGGUGGCAUCUCGCACGCGGCCAAGGACUCAGAUCUGAGCCCGACCUCGGGUUCGGGCAGCGACCACCACGCCAAGGGCAAGAAGCCCAAGUCCAAGGCCAGCCUGGACGGCGGCGAACCGGGCGAGGGCUCCGCCGCGCAGCACUCGAUCUCCAGCGCCAGCAGCGACGGAGAGACGCAGGCGGUGGUGGGCGAGGGCAUGAUGUUCAAGGAAGACAACUUCCUCACAUCGGCCAACCUGUGCCGUUGGAUCAUCGACUUCAACGAGAUCGCCCUCGGCAAGCAGGUGGGCCUGGGGUCGUACGGGGUGGUGUUCAAGGGCAAGUGGAAGGGCGUCGAGGUGGCGGUGAAGCGGUUCAUCAAGCAGAAGCUGGACGAGCGGCGCAUGCUCGAGUUCCGCGCCGAGAUGGCCUUCUUGUCCGAGCUCCACCACCCCAACAUCGUUCUCUUCAUCGGGGCGUGCGUGAAGCGGCCCAACCUGUGCAUCGUGACCGAGUUCGUCAAGAAUGGCAGUCUGCGUGACAUCCUGGCCAACAACAGCGUCAAGCUGCCCUGGGCGCAGAAGCUCAAGCUGCUGCACAGCGCGGCGCUGGGCAUCAACUACCUGCACUCGCUGCAGCCGGUGAUCGUGCAUCGCGACCUGAAGCCGUCCAACCUGCUGGUGGACGAGAACAUGAACGUCAAGGUGGCCGACUUUGGCUUCGCGCGCAUCAAGGAGGAGAACGCCACCAUGACCCGCUGCGGCACCCCCUGCUGGACUGCGCCGGAGGUGAUCAGGGGCGAGAAGUACUCGGAGAAGGCCGACGUGUUCUCGUUCGGCGUCAUCAUGUGGGAGGUGCUCACGCGCAAGCAGCCCUUCGCCGGCCGCAACUUCAUGGGGGUGUCGCUCGACGUGCUGGAGGGUCGGCGGCCGGCAAUUCCGGGCGACUGUGCGGCGGCCUUCAAGAAGCUGAUGAAGAAGUGCUGGCACGGCGAGGCCAAGAAGCGGCCGUCGAUGGACGACGUCGUCACUCAGCUCGACGCUCUCCUCGGUCACGACCAUCACGCCGUCUAA